GGGCUCUAGGGCCGCCGCGGGUCGAGGCUGCUCACAGUGUGUAGGGUGGUGGUUGAGCUGGAGCCGGAGCCAGUGCGCUUCAGACUUGAGAACAGUUCAGAGAGUCAGAACGUGCCCGAAAAAGAGAGAGAGAGAGCCCGCGAGUGAGUGCAAGGGGACCUAUAGGAGUCAGGGCGAGAAAGCGAGAGCUCUAAGAGCUAAGCUUGAGACAGAGUGACCAUGGCUGUCUCCGCACCUCCGGUGAUCUCUGCAACUUCCACCAGCGCUGGCGUCCCGGGCGGUUUAUUCCGGGCUGAACCCCUGUAUUCAUCUCCAGGAGAACCCCCUCGUCUAACCCCUAAUAUGAUCAACAGUUUCAUGGCUAGUAACCACAACGGCAGUGUCGUGGGUGGCGGGAUUGGUGGUGGCAGCGGUGGCACCAGCAACACCAACACAAACGAGUGCCGGAUGGUCGACAUGCAUGGGGUGAAGGUGGCUUCAUUCCUGAUGGACGGCCAGGAACUGAUCUGCCUGCCGCAAGUCUUUGACCUUUUCCUCAAGCACCUGGUGGGAGGGUUGCACACAGUGUACACUAAGCUGAAGAGGCUGGACAUAUCUCCGGUGGUGUGCACUGUGGAGCAAGUUCGAAUCCUCCGCGGGCUGGGGGCCAUCCAGCCCGGGGUGAAUCGUUGCAAGCUCAUCACCAGGAAAGACUUCGAAACUUUGUUCACAGAUUGCACCAACGCCAGAAGGAAGAGGCAAAUGACAAGAAAACAAGCUGUUAACAGUUCAAGGCCUGGCAGGCCCCCUAAGCGUUCUUUGGGAGUGUUGCAAGAUAAUGCACGACUUCUGCCCCAUGCAGUCCCAGGCCUCUUAUCACCAGGACUUAUCACUCCAACAGGUAUAACAGCUGCAGCGAUGGCUGAGGCAAUGAAGCUACAGAAAAUGAAGCUUAUGGCAAUGAAUACUCUUCAGGGUAAUGGAAGCCAAAAUGGGACUGAGUCUGAGCCAGACGACCUUAAUUCCACCACAGGUGGAAGUGAAUCAUCCUGGGAUAAAGAGAAGAUACAAUCUCCACUUGCUGCUCCUGGAGCUCAACAUGGAAUUGCUCAUGCAGCUCUUGCUGGCCAGCCAGGCCUUGGUGGUGCUCCUACCCUCAAUCCACUUCAGCAGAAUCACCUUCUAAGCAAUCGUCUGGAUCUCCCAUUUAUGAUGAUGCCUCAUCCCCUACUUCCAGUCAGCUUACCUCCUGCAUCAGUUGCCAUGGCAAUGAAUCAGAUGAAUCAUCUCAAUACUAUUGCCAACAUGGCUGCUGCAGCCCAGAUUCACAGUCCACUCUCCAGAGCUGGUGCCUCUGUUAUAAAGGAACGGAUUCCAGAGAGUCCUUCUCCUGCUCCAUCUCUGGAAGAGAGUCAUCGGCCUGGGAGCCAGACCUCCUCCCACCCAAGCAGCAGUGUGUCCAGUUCUCCUUCACAGAUGGAUCAUCAAUCUGAAAGAAUGGUUAUGAUGCCCAACAAUAGAGAAGAAAUUAUUAUUGACCAAGAUAAUGGACAAAGCAUAAAAAAAUUCCAAAGGGAUAAUAAAGAUAUCCAAUUGUCCCAGCACCAUUUGUUGAACACUUUUCUUCACUGGAUUGAGUUGGCACCAUUAUCAAAAAAAUCACUCCUCCAUCAAAAAGAAGUACCAGCUCAAAUCCCAAUGAUGAAGUCACCCUUGGACAAGAUCCAGUUGGCUCCUGGACAGGCAUUGCCCCCUGGAUUCCCUGGACCAUUCAUUUUUGCUGAUAGUUUGUCCUCUGUGGAGACUCUGUUGACCAACAUUCAGGUCAACAAUAUUUCUAUAAACAAAAUAAAUGGUCUACUAAAAGUGGCUUUGGAUAAUGCUCGCAUCCAGGAGAAGCAGAUUCAGCAAGAAAAGAAGGAACUACGAAUAGAGCUCUACAGAGAAAGAGAAAUUAGAGAAAACCUGGAGAGACAACUUGCAGUUGAGCUUCAAAGCAGAAGUACAAUGCAAAAGCGGCUGAAAAAGGAGAAAAAAGCUAAGAGAAAACUUCAGGAAGCUUUGGAAUUUGAAUCAAAGCGCCGAGAGCAAGUGGAGCAGGCACUUAAACAAGCUACAUCUGGUGACAGCGGUCUGAGGAUGUUGAAAGAUUCUGGAAUUCCAGAUAUUGAAAUAGAAAACAGUGGGACGCCUCAUGACAGUGCUGCUAUGCAAGCCUGAACACUGAUGCCGGAACUUCAAGUGAUCAUAGAAACGGAUAGGGUGCUGUAGCAGUUACCUGCUUACUUAGUGUUGUGAUUCUUUAGAAUUCAUGCUCAAAUUCUUUUAAAAUAUGGAACACUCAAUUACUAUUUGUUCAUAAUUGAUGAAUAGAACCUUGAACACAUAGGAAAAAUGUACUAGAGAAUGGUCUUUCCAAGAUUUUACGGGACAAUUAUGAUGACUAAAUGUGACACUUUAUAGUUGCUUUACCCAUUUAUUUCAAUGAGUUCCUAGUGCUUCACAAACAUUAUCACAUUUAUCCAUACAGCAGGUUUGUAGUGGGUAAGUAGGUGGCACAAUUUUGAAGAUGGAUUAAAUGAUAUUUCUAGAUUGUAUGUAAGAAAAUAAAGUGUAGAAAAACCUACUUUGAGUCAUGCCUAUUAUGGAAUAACUUUCUAUUUCUCCAAUAUGUUAUUUAACAGUACCUUUAUUAGCAGACAAUUUAUUGGUACAAAUGUUGUCAUAGCCUGUGAGAUCACUUUGUAGAAGAAAGUGUGCCUGAUUUGUUCUCUUAAAAAAAUAUCAUAGAGAGCUUUAAUUCUUAAAUCAUGCCACACUUAUAUUUUCCUUUUAACUGAUGAGGUAGAGCAAGUUGUCUACUCCCUUUCUACUAGCACAUCCCUCAUCUAUAAAGAAGACAAUGUUAAAAACUGAUCCCAGCCUACUCAAUAUGCCUUCUUUCUUACUUUUUUCUUCCUUUCGAUCCCAAACUUUGCUUCUUCUUCAUAAUGAUACCAACAGAAAACAAACAUAAUGGUAUGAAUAAAGCCCACAGAUACAAGAAAAAGAAAGAAAGAAAUUAUAGGUCAUUUUCAUUGUGAACAUUUAUACUAUUCAUCCUGUGGUCUAAACAUAAUCAGGUAACUAACAUUUCCAAGAGAUAUAUAAAUGGUUCAUUUGGCCUGAAUUGCUCAGGAAGUGUCUUAGAAUAUUUUUGACAAUUUACUUAUUUAAAGACCUGGCCACAAACUGGUGAUAUUAAUUAGGAUCAUUUUCACACCUUUCAAGAAUCUAAUACAUUAGUAUUUGAGUGAUCAAAGUCAUUUAAUGACAUUUUUCAAACAUUCACAUUAUACCAUCAAAAUCUUACUCAUUGGGUAGUAUCUGCCCUAGUAUUAUAUUUUUUGUGACAAAAGUUCUACUCACGUAAAAUAUCAACUAAUAUUUUAUUCAUUUUUCUAAUAAUUAAUUCCUUGUGACCACAUAUGUAAUUUCUUUUGGAAUGACCACUAGACUUAAAUAAUUUAAAAAAUAAUACAUUAAUGCAUAUCAAUAUGAUAGGUUACUUGUUUCACAUCCUGAAAUGUUUUUCGAAGUUAUAAAGAUUCUUGCUUUUGGUACUUUCUAUGAUGCACACAUGAUCUACUGGUAUAAAAUCUAUAAUGUUUCACUUGAUUGCAUCAAAAUAAUGCCAACUUAGAAACAAUUGAUGAACAAUGAAAUAAAAUUGGUAAUAUCAAAUAUAUGAACUAAAUAACAAUGAUUUAUGACCAAAGGUAUAACAUCUAGAGUCACCUUUUCAUCAACAAAGAACAUGUACUGAAUGAUACAGAAUGUUUAAUAGAAUUUUUAAAUCAGGUCACUUAAACAUACAGUAUUGUCUUUUUUCACUAUUUUAGUUGAAAAGUCAGAAUCUUCCUUUUACCUGGCAUUUUCCUAUUUGUAUGCCCUUUUUAAUGGCACUUGAUGGUAGUUGUUCUUUUUUAUAAACUUUAGAUGUAUAAUACAGAAGGCCAGUACUUACUGGAUCUGAAACAGCCAAAUGUGGCUCUUGAUGGAUUUAACCUUUCAUGAGAGGGUGUCCUAGUGGAGAAGAUAAUACUAACUCCCUAUGCCAUCCAUGCUAAGUUAGGCAUUUCUACAUUACGAGAAGGAUUACCCAACCCUAUUUUUUACUUAAAAUACUAUCAUACCUGUAGAUACAUAAUUCCCCAUUUUGCUCUUUGGAUAAAUAUUGAAGCAGUAAGGUAACUGUCAGCUCUCCACAAGUGUCAAAGUAUGUCCCUCCUUAUGACUGUUUAAGAGCCUGACAUUCUGCUGGAGAGGAGCUAUUCAUUGCUUUUCCUAAUCUAUAAUCAUGUUUGCAUACAGAAUGUAUAUGAGAUAGUAUCUGUUUGAUGAUCAAGUAUAAACCCUCUUAAAAAAUUGAAGGAGUCAACUACUAAUUAGCUGUUUCCUAUUCCUAAUGAAGUGAGCAUGGCAGAUUUGGAUUAAAAUUCAGCUACAGCUCUCUUCUGUUUAUGGUUCCAGAUGUUUUUGUUUUAUCUAGGAGUUUACUUUGACAGCUACUACUAAAUGAUAAAUCACUCAUAUUAUAGCUGAAAUGCAUUUUGAAAUUGAAAUAUGGCAAACUUUGAGAUUGUUCCAAGGAACAGCAUCGAUUGCUAGGCCAUUACUUGUUCCUUCCUCAUAAUCAGUCUGUAUUGGAAUACUCACAGCAGUAACAGAAAAUGUCUUAAUAAUAUACAGCCUGCCAUGCUGUUUGGUUACUACUAUCGUUAAAAUGUGGGGAAGUUUUACUAAUGGCAUCUCAACUUACUGUAUUUUGAGUGAUACAAUUGGUUGACACCAUAAUGUUGUCUUCUUGGUGGCCUAGUAUGUCUUUUGAUUUGCAAGCUGAUGUGCAAACUAUUCCUGAUAAGCUUUGUAAGUGGGCGCAUUAAAUGUAAGUUGUGGCCAGAAGUGUUUGUCUCUUGUAAAAGAUAAAAAAUUAAACAAAAUAAAAUGAAAGAUUUUUCAAAAACUGCAUUUUUCCAAAAAAAAAAAAGUGACUGUGUUUUCCAUUCAUUGCGAUGUUUAUAUGACUUUUUAGGUGACAUUGUUUAUUUUACCCUUGCUUUCAAAUUUGUAAUGUUCACAUUUUGUACUGCAUGAUUCAAGCUUUAUUAUUAUUGUAUAAAAUUUAAAUCCUAGUAAAAAUGAAUGACAUUUGAUGUUGAAGAGCUUUUUAUUGAUUUGCAGACUGUGUAUACAGAAGAUGAGGUGGAUUAUAGAACUGAUUACUUCAUUGGUCAAUAUCAUCACAGAAACGAAAGAUGUAGAGCCUAGGACCUCAUUACAGAGCUCAGACUGCAUGUCCAAAAGAUUAGUCUAAAUACUUUUCUGGGGUUAAAGAUUACCAAACUAUUAAAAACAAAACGAUUUUUAUGUUCUGGUUUCUGAAACAUCAAGUUAGUUCCAUGGCUUUCUUGGACAAAUGUGUAUUUACCUGCAAAUAAAGACCUGCUCUAGCUUUUCUAAUUUACACAGAAUCCAAGUCUUUCUUCUGUUACCUUAUAGCUCCUUCAUUUUUGGUUUUGAAAUUAAUGCCAUGAAAUUGCAUUAAUUUAUUUAAUAUGCAAUAUUUUAUAAGAAAGUAUUUUAGAAAUUUUAUAUACUUUCCUCCUUAUAACUCAAAACCUUUUACAGUAUACAUUUAUAUUUUAAACAAGGAGUGUCAGUCUCCCUAUACACGAAGACACGUUUGAUUGACAAAGAUCUAAUUUUAAUUGUUUCUUGAGCACAAGUAAUAGAUUUGUGCUGAUUUAUAGACACAUUAUUUUCUGAUUCCUGUUCUGUAACCAAAGGCUAAUUUUUGUUAUUUGGCUAGUGAAAUAUGCAGGUCAUAAGCCAUUAUAAUAGAAAAGAGCAACUUUAAGCACAAAAUGGCAGAAUACAAUUUGUUUUUCAUUUUAUUUUUUCUUUUGUUGGAUAUUUUUUAUUUACAUUUCAAAUGUUAUUCCCUUUUCUGGUUUCCCGGACAUAAGCCCCGUAUCCCAUGUUUUUCAUUUUCAAUAAUAAACUUUAUUAAUCAGUUGGUCUCUAACUAGCAGAUGAUACGCAGUUUAUAUUACAAAUAUUUUAAUGAAUAUUGGUUUGACCACUUAAAGUUCAAAUGAUAUUGAAAAGUAGUCACCAUAUGGUAUGCACCAUCUUAGGGCUAACCUGGGCAGUGAAAAUUGUAAAUGGACAACGCUGUCAUAAUUUUAGAGCCAAACCAGGUAAUGUCUUUCCUUCUGAUUUUGAUAAAGCACAGAAAAAUGUAAUAUUAUGUACAAAGGUAAAAGAAAUAUAGAUCUUUAUAGACAUUAUAAAAUAGUUUAUGAAAAGAGUCUUUAUCAGUUACCAUGUCUUCAGUACUGUGUAAAGAAGGGGAGCUGUAGUAUGAAAUUCACUUGAAGGAUCUUUGAAAUUUGACACAUUAACUUAAAUUAAAAUUUACCGAUAUUAAAUCAAUACUGUUGCAUCAAAUCAUCUUAGGGUACUGAAGACUGACAUUUUAGUCCUUUCAUACCUAUGCUUCAGCUAUGGUCCACAGAAGAACUAACAUGUUUUCUUUUUUUUAAAGGAGGUAACUAUUACUGUUUAGCAAUGGCACAGCAGUUGUGUUCAGCCUGAAAGGUCCUCGCUGGCUUUACAUUAAAGAAGAUACUUGUGAUUCCAGUAUAUCUCUGAAAAUAUCCAUCAUGGAGUUAUUUCAGUUGUGCUUAUCAGCAAAGUUCUGUAACUGAAUCAUAUUUUCUGUGUUACAUUAAGUAAAAGAGGAUUAUGUGUAUAUUUAGAAAGCAAUGAUGUAAUCUUUGUCCUUGCAUUAGAUUCACCAAUUUAAGACCAUGAGAUAAACCCUGAUGACUUAAGUAUAUUGACCAUAUUUGAUGCUUUUUUAUGCUCAUUUCUGCUUGGCUUUUUGUCCUUCAAAAAAUAUAGUAGUAUCUUAGAGACUAGAAACUUAUAUGUAUGGUUUCUCUGUUAUACCACAUGUUAAGUUACAGUACACUUUGUUUACAAUGUACUUGCUAAUUUUCAGUAUAAAUAAAAGCAUUUUGAAUUUGUCAG